GGAAACGCGACAAACAACAAUAACAUUGCAGAACUGUCAUUCUCCUGCUCGAUCUGUGGCUUUUCGUCAGACUCGGGGUGAAACCAGACAACCAGAGAAGCUGCAGUGGGUUAGUCGAAGCUUUCUAGGAACUAUUAAAGGACGGUUAAAGACAGACAGACGCAUCAAGCUGAAGAAAAGAGGAUAUGAGCUAGCAUGAGGCUAAGCUAACUUGCUAAGCUAGCUCGCUACAUGAUGCGGUUGGAUCAGCUGAUCUGUGUCAUGCAGAAGUGACAAGUGAAAUAAAAGGAAGAAACUUCUUGAAUUACUCUUAAGAUCAACCAUCAUCUGCACAAACAUGAUUCAGCGGCUGAAACCAGAGUUUCCUGACCCGAGCUGUGUGUGCUGUAGGACCGAUGAGAAGAAAGACCUUCCUGUGAAGGACUUUAAAGGACAAACAUCUAACACAAUGUUCAGGCUACGGAAACCAGAACCUCCUGAUCCGAGCUGCGUGUCGUUGAAGAGCAACGAGUCAAAGAGCCUUGGCAUUUUCUUUAAUGACAAAACCUCAUCUAGUGAAACGAUAAUUGAACCACAACAGACGGAGAAGGUUUUGAGUCCAGAUUUCCCAGAAUGCUUGUGGAGUCAGCGGGAGGAAGAGGAGGCAUGGGAGGAUGAGGACGUGGACGAGUGGACAGGCAGAAUAAAGGCAUUGAUAACCAUCAAAAUUCACUUAAAGAGGGAAAUUGAGCAAAGUUCUGUUGGGUCGUAUCAACGUGAACUCAAAGCUUUUCUGAAGAAAAAGUUCCAGUGUGUGUUUGAGGGGAUCAAUAAAACAGGAACCCCGACCCUCCUGGACCAGAUCUACACGGAGCUCUACAUUACAGAGGGAGGGACCGCCGAGGCCAACGGUGACCAUGAGGUCCGACUGAUCGAGACGUCUUCCAGGAAACCGAAUGGACCUAAACCAACCAUCAGACGGGAGGACAUCUUUAAAGUCCCACCUGGAAGAGACGAACCGAUCAGAACCGUGAUGACGAAGGGAGUGGCCGGCAUCGGGAAAACUGUCCUAACGCAGAAGUUAACUCUGGACUGGGCUGAAGACCGAACCAACCAGGACAUCCAGUUCAUAUUUCCGUUCACCUUCAGAGAGCUGAACGUCCUGCAAAACAAAAAGUUCAGCUUGGUGGAACUUCUUCAUCACUUCUUCACUGAAACUAAAGACAUCUGCAGCUUUGAGGAGUUCCAGAUUCUGUUCAUCCUUGAUGGUCUGGAUGAAUGUCGACUUCCUCUGGACUUCCUCAAGAACCAGACCUUGACUGACAUCACAGAGUCCAGCUCAGUGGAUGUUCUGCUGACGAACCUCAUCAUGGGGAACCUGCUUCCCUCUGCUCGCCUCUGGAUAACCACACGCCCUGCGGCAGCCAAUCAGAUCCCUGCUGAGUGUGUUGGCAUGGUGACAGAGGUCAGAGGGUUCGCUGACCCACAGAAAGAGGAGUACUUCAGGAAGAGAUUCAGAGAUGAGGAGCAGGCCAGGAGGAUCAUCUCCCACAUCAAGAGCUCAAGAACCCUCCACAACAUGUGCCACAUCCCGGUCUUCUGCUGGAUCACUGCUACGGUUCUGGAGGACGUGUUGAAAACCAGAGAGGGAUCAGACCUGCCCAAGUCUCUGACUGAGAUGUACAUCCACUUCCUGCUGGUCCAGACCAAAGUGAAGAAGAUCAAGUAUGAUGGAGGAGCAGAGAAAGGACCAGAGAACAAGACGAUAAUCGGGUCUCUGGGAAAACUGGCUUUUGAGCAGCUGCAGAAAGGAAACCUGGUCUUCUAUGAAUCGGACCUGAAGGAGUGUGGCAUCGAUAUCAGAGACGCCUCGGUUUACUCCGGGGUCUUCACCCAGAUCUUUAAAGAGGAGAGAGGGCUGUACCAGGACAAGGUGUUCUGCUUCGUCCAUCUGAGUGUCCAAGAGUUUCUGGCUGCUCUUCAUGUCCACUUGACCUUCAUCACCUCUGGGGACAACUUGAUGGGAGAAAAACAAACAUUUAGGUUGCCUCGUUUUAGCAAACCUAAGUUAACAAACCUCCACAACAGUGCUGUGGACGAGGCCCUAAAGAGUCCAAACGGACACCUGGACUUGUUCCUUAGAUUCCUCCUGGGACUUUCUCUGCAGACCAAUCAGAAACUCCUGCAGGGCCUGCUGGACCAGACAGGAAGUAGCUCCCAGACCAACCAGGAAACAGUUCAGCACAUCAAGAAGAUGAUCAGUGAGGGCCUGUCUGCAGAGAGAAGCAUCAACCUGUUCCACUGCCUGAACGAGCUGAACGACCGAUCUUUGGUGGAGGACAUCCAACAGUCCAUGAGCUCAGGACGUCUCUGUCCAGACAAACUGUCUCCUGCCCAGUGGUCCGCUCUGGUCUUCAUCUUACUGUCCUCAGAAGAACAUCUGGACGUGUUCGACCUGAAGAAAUACUCCACUUCAGGAGACGUUCUUCUGAGGCUGCUGCCGGUGGUCAAAGCCUCCAUCAAAGCAGACCUGAGCUUCUGUGCUCUUUCACAAAGAAGUGUCGAAGCUCUGAGUUCAGUUCUCAGCACCGACUCGUCCCGUCUGAGAGAACUGGACCUGAGCAACAACAACCUGCGGGAUUCGGACCUGAGGCUGGUUUCUGCUGGACUGCAGAGUCCAAACUGCAGGCUGGAGAGUCUCAGGUUGAGCGGAUGUUUCCUCUCAGACGAACGUCUCGAUGUCCUCCUGUCCCCUCUCAGACUUCAGUCCUUCGGUCUGAGAGAACUGGACCUGAGCAACAACAACCUGCAGGAUCCAGGAGUGGAGCUGCUGGCAGAAGGACUGAAGAGUUCAAACUGGAAGCUGGAAACUCUCAGGCUGAGCCUCUGUAACCUCUCGGAGACGAGCUGCGCGUCUCUGUCCUCAGUUCUCAGCUCUCGGUCCACUCGUCUCAAAGAGCUGGACCUGAGUAACAACGACCUGAAGGAUUCAGGAGUGAAGCUGCUCUCAGCUGGACUUCAGAGUUCAAACUGUCGUCUGGAGGUUCUCAGGCUGUCAGGAUGUCUGGUCACGGACGACGGUUGUGCUUCUCUGGCUGCAGCUCUGAGCUCCGACCCGUCCCGUCUGAGAGAACUGGACCUGAGCUACAACCAUCCAGGAGACUCUGGAGUGAAGCUUCUGUCUGCUCAGCUCCAGGACCCACAAUCCAAACUGGAAACUUUCAGGACAGAUCCAGCUGGGAUCCAGUGGUUAAAACCAGGCCUGAGGAAAUAUUUCUGUGAACUUUCAUUCAACACAAACACAAUAAAUGGACACAUGAAAGUGUCCGACGACAACACGGAAGUGUGGUACGAGGAGCAAAACCAGUCGUAUCCUGAUCACCCCGAGCAGUUCUUCAGGAACCAUCAGCUGCUGUGUUCUGACGGUCUGACGGGUCGCUGUUACUGGGAGGUGGAACUCACAGGAGGAGUCCACACAUCCGUCAGCUACCAGGGGAUCGCCAGGAGAGGAGAAGGGAACGAUGGCUGGUUUGGUGGGAACGAUCAGUCCUGGACUCUGUUCUAUGACGGCAGCGGGUACUCCGUCUGGCACGACAAGAAGGGAACAUCCGUCCUUCACUCCUCCUCCUCCUCGGACCACAGAGUAGCAGUGUUUGUGGACUUUCCAGCUGGCACUCUGUCCUUCUACAGAGUCUCCUCAGACUCGCUGAUCCACCUCCACACCUUCAGAACCAAAUUCACCGAACCUCUUUAUCCUGGAUUUGGGUUGUGGUGCUGGUUUGGUGCACCUUUGAGGUCCUCAGUGCGUCUCGUCUCUCCACAGAAGUAA